AUGUUCGCGCUCAUCCACUCAGACACGGCCCGCCAAGUCGCUCUCGCAGAGCAUCGCUCGAUCAAGCUGUCGACGUACGGGGUCAUGUUCAUGAGCACGCCGCACCAAGGCGGCAACGGCGUCGCGCUGGGCAGGCUGAUGGUCAACGUAGCGUCAGUGUUCGUAGUGGCAGACGAUCGGCUGCUGCGACAUCUAGAGCGAGACUCGGAGUCGCUACAACAACAGCUUAGACAGUAUGCUCCCAUCAGUAGAGACUUUGUGACCAAGUUUGCGCUUGAGGAGUAUGCGACGCCAACAGUACUCGGCUGGUCGAUGGUGAUUAUAAGCACUGGAAAAGGAUGCGUUGAAUAG